AUGGCGGGCGGCGCGGGCUGGGCGGGCGCCCCCGCGGCUCUGCUGCGCUCCGUGCGCCGCCUGCGCGAAGUGUUCGAGGUGUGCGGCCGCGACCCCGACGGCUUUCUACGCGUGGAGCGCGUCGCGGCGCUCGGCCUGCGCUUCGGCCAAGGCGAGGAGGUGGAAAAACUUGUGAGGUGUUUGGAUCCCAAUGACCUGGGGAGAAUCAACUUCAAGGAUUUUUGCCGCGGAGUAUUCGCCAUGAAAGGGUGUGAGGAACUGCUGAAGGACGUGCUGUCGGUGGAGAGUGCAGGGACUCUGCCAUGUUCUCCAGACAUCCCAGACUGUGUGGAGCAGGGCAGCGAAAUCUCUGGCUCCACCUUUGCUGAUGGCGAGCUCCUCCCCAGGGAACCCGGCUUCUUCCAGGAAGACGAGGAGGAAGCGAUGACAUUGGCUCUGCCUGAGGGACCCCAGGAGUUAGACAUGGACAGCCCCAUGGAGAGCAGCCAGGGCCUGGAGGGAUCUGUCAGGAGUGCUGGCGAGGAGAAGGAGCCUGAGUUGGGGGGCCUGUUCCUGCCAGAGGACAAGUCCCCCGUCCUCACUCCAUCCGUGACCACAUCAGACCUUUCCACUCACUCCACCGCCUCUCUCAUCAGCAACGAGGAACAAUUUGAAGACUACGGAGAGGGGGUUGACGUGGACUGUGCCCCCAGCAGCCCCUGCCCUGACGACGAGGCCAGAACCAAUGUCUACUCCGACCUGGGAUCUUCAGUGUCGUCCAGUGCGGGGCAGACCCCAAGGAAGAUGCGGCACGCCUACAACAGCGAGCUGCUGGAUGUGUACUGCUCCCAGUGCUGCAAGAAGAUCAACCUACUGAAUGACCUGGAGGCCCGGCUGAAAACCCUGAAGGCCAACAGUCCUAACCGGAAAAUCUCAAGCACAGCUUUCGGACGGCAGCUCAUGCAUAGCAGUAACCUCAGCAGCAGUAACGGCAGCACUGAGGACCUGUUCCGAGACAGCAUCGACUCCUGUGACAAUGACAUCACAGAGAAGGUGAGUUUUCUGGAAAAAAAGGUGACGGAGCUGGAGAACGACAGCCUGAGCAGCGGGGACCUGAAGAGCAAGCUGAAGCAGGAGAAUACACAGCUGGUGCACAGGGUGCAUGAGCUCGAGGAGAUGGUCAAGGAUCAGGAGACCACAGCCGAGCAGGCCCUGGAGGAAGAGGCCCGGCGACACCGGGAGGUCUACUGUAAGCUGGAGAGAGAGAAGAGCAUUGAGCUGGAGCUGCUGAACACCAGGGUGCAGCAGUUAGAAGAAGAAAAUACUGACCUGAGAACGACAGUGACCCGACUCAAGUCACAGACAGAGAAACUGGAUGAGGAGCGGCAGCGCAUGUCUGACCGGCUUGAGGACACGAGCUUGAGACUCAAGGAUGAGAUGGACCUUUACAAGCGCAUGAUGGACAAGCUGCGCCAGAACCGCCUGGAGUUCCAGAAGGAGCGGGAGGCGACGCAGGAGCUCAUCGAGGAUCUGCGGCGGGAGCUGGAACACCUGCAGAUGUACAAGCUGGACUGUGAGCGGCCGGGGAGGGGCCGCAGCGCGUCCGGCCUUGGCGAGUUCAGUGCCAGAGCCCGAGAGGUGGAGCUUGAGCAUGAGGUCAAGCGCCUGAAGCAGGAGAACCACAAGCUGCGAGAUCAGAACGACGACUUGAACGGGCAGAUCCUGAGCCUCAGCCUCUACGAGGCGAAGAACCUCUUUGCCACCCAGACCAAAGCCCAGUCCCUGGCUGCAGAAAUCGACACAGCAUCUCGCGAUGAGCUCAUGGAAGCCCUGAAGGAGCAGGAGGAGAUCAACUUCCGACUGCGGCAAUACAUGGACAAGAUUAUCCUGGCUAUCCUGGACCACAACCCCUCCAUCCUGGAGAUCAAACACUGAGCCACAGCUGGCUACAGAGCGGCCGUUGGACCUGGGGCCUAGGGGCAGGCCUGCCUGAGGAUGAAGAUGCAGGCCGGACCCCACACUUGCUCUGUAAAUGUACCUCCGACCA